GCGGAAGUUCCCCCCGCCCCGGCGCUCCCGCUCGCUCGCUCCGUGGGGCUGCGCUGCGCCGUUCAUGGAAGAGAUGUCGGGAGAAAGUGUGGUGAGCUCAGCAGUGCCGGCGGCUGCGACUCGCACAACCUCCUUCAAAGGGACGAGUCCAAGCUCCAAGUACGUCAAGCUGAACAUUGGCGGUGCCCUCUACUACACCACCAUGCAGACGCUGACCAAGCAGGACACCAUGCUCAAGGCCAUGUUCAGCGGCCGAAUGGAAGUCCUCACGGACAGCGAAGGUUGGAUCCUGAUUGACCGCUGCGGAAAACAUUUUGGGACAAUACUGAACUACCUGCGCGAUGGGGCUGUGCCACUCCCAGAGAGCCGCAGGGAGAUAGAAGAAUUGUUGGCUGAAGCAAAGUACUACCUGGUGCAGGGGCUGGUGGACGAGUGCCAAGCUGCCUUGCAGCAGAACAAAGAUGCAUAUGAACCCUUCUGCAAGGUACCAGUCAUCACGUCUUCCAAAGAAGAGCAAAAACUUAUAGCCACUUCUAACAAGCCAGCAGUGAAGUUGCUGUAUAACAGAAGCAACAACAAAUAUUCCUACACCAGCAACUCCGACGACAACAUGCUGAAGAACAUCGAGCUAUUCGAUAAGCUGUCCUUGAGGUUUAAUGGGAGAGUGCUCUUUAUAAAAGAUGUCAUUGGAGAUGAGAUCUGCUGCUGGUCUUUUUAUGGGCAGGGGCGGAAGAUUGCCGAAGUCUGUUGCACUUCCAUUGUUUAUGCUACUGAGAAAAAACAGACAAAGGUGGAGUUCCCAGAAGCCCGCAUUUAUGAGGAGACACUGAACAUUCUGCUGUACGAGUCCCAGGACGGGAGGGGACCCGACAACGCGCUCUUGGAAGCCACAGGAGGGGCGGCUGGCCGUUCCCAUCACUUAGAUGAAGAUGAGGAGCGAGAGCGCAUUGAACGCGUGCGAAGAAUUCAUAUUAAACGUCCUGAUGACAGGGCCCAUCUGCAUCAGUGAGCUGACUGACAGCCGCAGACUGCGCAGCUGUGUCUGGAAGGUGCUGCCCUUGUCCGAUCGAUUAUCUGCAGCAGAGGACCAGGCGGUUUAACUUCUGUUCAGCAAAGUCUGUAAAUUAUGUUUUGUAACAAACUAGAUUAUUUGGGGUAUUUAAAUGCAGUAGUUCUAGGACAAGAAUAAAUAAGGUUACUGGGCGUACGAUAGAUACUGUAAGGACCUAUUGAGCAUCUGGAGAAAUGCCCUGAAUUUUUAGCACUCUUAUCUUUGCUAUUUUGUGCUUAGAGAGGAAGAGGACUGGCUUCCUUUGGCUUUAGUAAUUAUCCUGCACUUUAAAAACAAAACAAAAAAACAAAAAAAAGGGCAGCCAGCCAUCCACCUUCCCUCCAGGCACCCAUUGACCCUGUCUCCUCCUAGGCGUUUGGGUGUGGGAGAACGCAGUGAUCUAGGCACACCAGAGCUGCUGCCAAGCUCCCUUUCUCCCAGGCCUGCAGGCGACGGGGUUGGGAGCUCAGGAGUUCCUUGGCACAACCCCCCAAAGGCCAAAUGACACGUGCCGACUCGAUUCCCACAGUGCUGGGGUGCACAGGGAGCCCCCUUGGAGCGGUGGGGGGGAGCUGCUUGGGCUCGGCUUGCCGGCUGGCUGGCUGUGGCUCCCUACAGCCAGGGGACCUGCUCCCCGAAGGGUUCAGCAGAGCUUCUACAGCUCUGAACUGUGGAGACCCACCCCGGCUUUAUCCGUGCAGUUCAAGGGUGGAAGCUGUUAAAAUUCCUCCAAAAGGAGGAUCAGGAACAAGUUGUAUGUAAUUGCUUUUUCUUCGGGUGGUGUUGCUACCAGUUCACACUUAGAACUUCUGCCUGACCCCACAUCUCAGCUAGGGAGUUUAUUUCUGUCAGAUCGCAGAUCCGUAAGCUGUAAAGGUAGAGCAGCAGUCGCUCCGUGCCAGCCCAGUGUAGGUAGGAGGCAAGCAGCCGCAGUUCAGUUCGGUAACCGAUACGGGAGCAUUGUCUUGCUUUGAGCGAGGGCAACGCGAGUACCACGGGGAAGAGGAGCAGACAGCAGCCCAGAGGCAGUUAUUCCUUGUUUGACUUUAUCCUGAGCAUAUUCCAAGUCUUUUCAGAAAUGGCAGCUGUGUGUGAAAGGGCAGAGCCAAAAUGUUGUGUGUAGAGAAGAACGAUGUAGUCUAGUUUUCUAAGAGUACUUUUCUAUUAUGAAUAUUUUAUCUACCUCCUUGUCUCUUGUUGCCUGUUGUGGAGUCAAGUAACAAUUACAGUGGAAGAGCGUGUGUUACUCAAUAGGACUGGAUGCUAAAGGAUAAUGAGUAGAGCCACGGCUGUAACAGUUAAUGUAACGAAUCUUGAGAGGGAGAGAGACCCAAUGUAGGAAGUCUUAAACUUGCCAUCAGGCUGGCACCUUGGCAGACACCAGAGUACUUUGGCCUAUUCUAGAGUUUUUUGACCCUUUAUCUGGAAUAUCUAGCGCUGGCCUUAAUGGCCAGACAUCUCAUAGAGAGCAGCAGCUCUGUGUUCCUGUUACUCAGUGAGGUGGUUAUUUGCUUCUGCCCAACUUCCUGCUGCAAGGAUUCCUACUCCUGGCUCAGGGCUGUGAAGGGCCUGUUAAUAUUGCAAAAACCAAAGGUGUUGUCGGCAUCACCAGCUACGUUACUCCAAUGCUUCUAUUUCCAGUAGCGGUUACAUCCCAAACUAGGUAUAGCUUGUCUGUAAAGGCUAAAAUAAAGUAUUAAGCGUUUGCUCAGUGGUACAAUUCUGGAUCAUCAAGUAAAGCUUAGACGAUUUCAAAGUUAGGCUGAGGUCAUCUUUCUAGUAACCAAAGACUUUUCUAAGUUACAGGCAGCUGGUGGCUGUGGCAGAUGUGGGUGUUGUUCCUGUCUCCUCUGCUCUUUCUUCCUCAGCUCCUGAUUUAUAAGUAGGAGCUCAACAGCAAACAGCUGUAUCUGUUACUAUACUGUACUUCAGCAGCUUCAGCUGUGUCCUGUACCUGCAUGUGUUUGCAACACGCUUUGGGGUUGUAGAAGUCCAUAGUGCAAAUUGUUGUUGUGAAGGACCCAGCGCCUCUCCCUUCUUACGUGAUAAACUGGGGAGCGUGGAAGGAAAGUCCUCCGGGUUGCUCUGUUCUCCAGCUCUGUGUACUUUGACACUUACAGGUGUGUUACUGAGCUGUUUAUGGGUUUCUGAGCAUCUGUAACAGCCCUCCUGCCCUUGAAGGGUCCAGGCUCUGCUCCCGUAAAGCCCUUCAGUCUAACUCCCGUGUCUCAGCAGUCCCACCAUGCUACUGCCGGGCCAAAAGGAAACACCAGCCCAUUGUCCUGCAGCAAACCCUGCUCGCUUCAUUAGUGCUAGAGAGCUGGCUCUGUCCUGUGAGAGAGGAGGGACAGGCCGUCUUCAUCCUCGGAUGUGCCGAACGACCUGCGUUCCCCAUAGAGUGCGAGGGAGACUCCAGCAGCCUGGACUGGGCCCAGACACAAUCCAGUCAGGGCUGCGGUGCGAGAGCAGGUUUGGCUCCAGGAGGUGACACGCGUUGACGCCAGCGCUAAGCACCUGACAGAUCACAGCAAUGUGAUUAACCUCUCUGUAAAUAGAGUCUUAACUGGCUUCAGGAUUUUCUCUUUCAGGUUUUGCAAACUAAGUUCUUAAAAAACAAGGGAUGAUUAUUUUUAAUCUUUGUACAGCGGUUUAUACAGUUAUUGGUUUAGUAAGUCACUCCAGGGGAGUUUGAGUAAGUUUCAGUUUUGUUACUGCAUUUAUGGGCAGGCUCCGCUGUAACACACUCCUGGCUUAACCCCCUGCGUGCUGUAGUUGUGUAGUAAAGACGUACUGCUGUCGUGUUAGAACAUCCUUUGCCUACUGGCCGCUUGUCCUUGGUCUGGGGAGGGAGACCUUGUUAAUGCCAUUGCACAAAUGCUCUCAGCUCUUGAGCCUUUUUACUGUAAAUGGUUUUGCCUCUGUAGCUUUCAGGUGACGAUGGGGGACAGGGCAGCUGUCCUGGGCACAAGCAGCUCUUUAGAUUAUCUAGUACAGAGAGCGCAGACCUGUUGGCUUUGAUUCUGCAGCCCCCACAGCAGACACUAAUUGUGACAGUACAGCAGAGUGGAGCUGACUAAACUCUUACUUGUGGAAGUGAUUUUGUCCAUCAGCAUAAUGUAGAAAAGCUGGACUAAAAUCUGCAGCUUGUUACAGAGUUAGGGCUGCAGAGGAGAGGCAGGAGCACCCACCAGCCACUGACUUCCCCUUUCCAGAGAGGGUGUUUACCCCCAUGUGUAUCAGUGUAGCUGUAGCACCAAGGCAGCUGCUCCUGUAUUUACUUAAGGCAGGUUUUAGAUCCCACCCCAAGCUGUGCCUGCUGCAGGACAGCACUGGGUUAGAACCUUUUGGGGACAGCUCCAAGCUCCACUCUGACUUUAGAGCAAAGGGGAGGUAGAAGCUUUCAGUCUUAAUGGAGCUGUUCUGUUCCACGGACAGCAGUAGCACAUCCAUCUGUUCUGUACAAUCAUUCCCUCCCCCUUUGUACUUAUGCACAAAAAAAAAAGCUUAAGCUGGAUUUCAGUGUAUGGUUAAGGUUUGCAAUAUGUACUUUUUUUUUUUUUAAGUGUAACACAAUAAAUUAGAAAAUAUUUCAUAUU